AUGAUCGAGGUUUACAAGCUUAUGCAGGGAAUUGAGCAGAAUGGAGCCGUUUUCCCCAAGAUCAAAGGGAGUAAGACGGGACAAGACAGCAGCCGAUGGACGGGCUUGUUCCGAGCGGCGGAGAGAGUGGGAUUCCAGUGGCUCAAGGUCCAGAGCAAAGACCCGCGCCUAGAAGGCAUGGAGGAUCUCUCAGGGACUGAGAUUCCCUUGCACUACAUCUUCCGACUGGCCAAUCACGCCAUCCACGUGGUGGUCUUUUACGAGAGGAACGGCAACUAUCUGUGGCACGGUCAGCUGCGGUUGAGACGACACGUGGACCGGAAGUUUGUGCCUUUCCGAAAGCUACAGUUCGGCCACUACCCCGGAGCCUAUGAGAAGCUAGAACUACAAAGUGUCUCUCUUGAUGGGUUAACAGUCCAGAUUCCAAAAGAGCCGUCUCGUUUCCUUGAAGAGUGGUCCCACUCGAGGUUUAUUGAAUGUAGGUACAGAGAAGCUCGGUCUUUCUUUCAGCUGUAUCCCGAUGAUAUGUCUCUCGAUGCGGUGGAGUUCAGGAAAAAAGCCAAGGCGUUACUGCACCUUGCUGCUGUGAUGCUGAACAGUUUGGGCGUGAGAUUCUGGCUGAGCAGCGGAACAUGCCUGGGUUGGUACCGGCAGUGCAAUAUUAUUCCUUACAGCAAGGAUGUGGAUUUGGGGAUUUUAGUUAAAGACUAUAAACCGGAUAUUGUUUCAGCCUUUCAGAAGGCAGGAUUACCCCUGAAGCACAAGUUUGGCAAGGUAGAAGACAGCUUGGAGCUUUCCUUUCAGGGAGAAGGUGAUGUGAAGCUUGACAUUUUUUUCUUCUAUGAAGAGGAGGACCACAUGUGGAACGGAGGAACUCAGGCCAAAUCAGGCAAAAAAUUCAAGUACCUGUUUCCCAAGUUCACACUAUGUUGGACCGAGUUUGUAGAAUUAAAGGUGCGUGUACCAUGUGAACCCCUCCAGUACAUCGAAGCCAACUACGGUCAAGAGUGGAAGACGCCAGUGAAGGAGUGGGACUGGAAGAACUCGCCGCCCAACGUGCAGCCCAAUGGGAUCUGGCCCAUUGAUGAGUGGGAAGAAGUCAUUCAACUCUACUGAACUCUUUGCAAGACCCCAGAAUGUAUUUGCAGGUUCUGUCACACAGAAGUCAUAACCGCAUCUGAAACCUCUGUCCACUGUUUUACCGUUUUACCGAGACACUUCUACAAGUUUUUCUCAGCGCCAGACAGAUGGGCGUACGGCUUCAAAGUGCUGAGAAGGAGAAAGUAACGCUGGCCUUCUGUUUUAAAACUGUGCCUCAGAAAACGUCCCAUUGUAAAAACGCCAACAAAAACCGCCCAGUCUCCUAAAAUGACAAUAAGAGUUAACUUGCCAGGGAGAAAGUGGGAGAAGUCCUCUCUUGUGUAGAGCCAGGUCACCCGGGAAGGUUCCUAAUGCAGAAGAGGGCCCACAAGGAAACAGAAUACUUGUAAGUUAGCACUGUUGUGAAGAGGCAUCCUGGGCUGGCGGGGGAAAGUGUUUUUGUUGUUUCCAUGUGUGCACUUCUCCUUAAAAAGGCGGGGGGCAGGGCGUUCAGUUCGGCACAGGCCAUUGUACAGGGGAUUUAGGAUGGGAACACUUAAGCAUGACCAACUGACCACGUUUGCAUCUUGGCAGCUACUACUGAAGUCGGUGCAUGGAAUGGAGGAGAGCCACACAAUGGUUGUUCCCCCCCCCCCUCCUGUGCAAAGCUGGGAGUGGAGGGAGCCUUGCAAAAAUUAGUGCCAAAAACAUGAAAAGCAGCAAGAAUGACUCCUGAUUUUUCAACUCCCCUGCCUGCGUUAUGGUGCUGUCUCCUAAAUGGACAGCUUUUGGAACAGGAAGUGCAGGCAAUGCUCUCUUCUUUUCCCAGCCACCGUAGUGUUGGACUAGAAUGACCCAAGCUCAGAUCCUCACCCUGCCCUGGAAGCUCCACUGGGUGACCUUGGGCCAGCCACGCACCUUCAGCCUAAGCUACAACACAGGACUGUAGUUAUAAGGAUAGACUGGAGACCCACAUAGACUGCCCUGAGCUCUCCAGAGGAAGGGUGGAAUGGAAAUGUGGCAGAUUUCCAGGCUUUGCAGUGUCCAUAGUCACGGUACGCCACUUUCUUUUCUACCCCUGACCUGGAUAGCCCAGGCUAGCCCAAUCCCAUCAGA